AUGAGCAUUCUCCAGGGAAAGGAUGACAUAUUUUUGGACGUGAAACAGAAAUUCUGGAACACGUAUAAGACUGGUCUGAUGUAUUGGCCUUUCGUACAGCUAACCAACUUCAUCUUGGUUCCUGUUCAGUGGAGAACAGCUUACACUGGACUCUGUGGUUUUCUCUGGGCUACCUUCCUUUGCUAUUCACAGCAGAGUGGUGAUGGUACAUUGAAAUCAGCUUUCACCUUCCUUCAUAUGAAAGAGGCCAGUGUAGUUGAAAGGCCUCCAGGGAAAUAAGUCAAGUAU